UGUAUUACGCUCAGGACUUACUGGAACUGUAUAAAAAAGAAUGCCAGAGAUUGUAAAGGUGAUUUAAAUUAUUUAACAGUGAGGACAGGUGUGAAAAAUAAAAUGAAACAGCAUAAUUGUUCUGUAACAGGAGCAACUGUAGAUCCUGCGAAAGAAAAACCUUCGGAACCUACGAUUCCGGCAGAGUGUUCGUAUCAGGGAAAACAAGUCUUCAGACAUUGUGGAUUAUUCGGGGAUCCACAUCUUAGUACUUUCAAUGGAGAAUUCCAAACGUGUAAAGUUCAGGGAGCCUGGCCCUUAGUAAACAACGAACAUUUAACGGUACAAGUGACGAACGAUCCUGUAAUAGGAGACAGUGGAGCUACUGCUACCAGCAAGUUAACAGUUGUGAUAAAAAAGAACGCAAGAUGUGCCAGUGACAAUUUUGUUAUGUAUCAAGCCCAAACUGACGAUCUACCGGGUUCCUUUUACGAUGGUCACACCUUUUAUGGAAAACACAAAUCCGUAGAGCUAUUAGAAAUCGAGGAAGGAAAGCACGUGGAAAUAAACAUCCGAUAUAUAGCAACGACUAUAGUAGUGCGCCAAAUUGGACGCUAUUUUACAUUUGCCAUAAAAAUGCCUGAAGAAAUCGUAAAUAAUUCUCACAGUGCGACCAGUAAUGGAUUAUGUUACCGCGGCUGCCCGCUCAGUGAACGUAUUAAUUAUCAGGAAUUCUUAGCCUCCAAACAAGAUAUUGUGGACAAUCUCAGUGAAAAUAGUGCUAAUAUACAAAUGUUGCGAAAAGACGCUGAACUCAUUUGCCGUGAAGCAAAUGUAGUGGAUUUUUACUUCGAUUCUUGUGUGUUCGACCUCAUGACUACGGGUGAUCAGAACUUCACUUUGGCAGCAUUAUCUGCUUUACAAGAC